CUCGCCAGUCAGAGAGUGAAACGCGAGACUUGGACUCGGUUUCAGUUCGCGAUUGCCAACCAGACGAAGAUGCAGUACAAUCAGCAACCACCGGGAGCCACGGGCUAUCCCCCCCACCAGGUGCCACCACCCAGCUACGAGCAGGUGGUGCACGUGCAGGCGCCAAUUCGGGUGGUUCACUCGCCAGCCCCGCCGCCCGUGGUGAUCAUACAACAUCAGACCGUAUUGCCGGUGGGUCCGGAUCCCACCUUCAUCACCUGCCCGCACUGCCAUGUCCAGAAGCUGACCCGCGUGCAGUACUCGCCCAGUGUGAAAACGCACUGCAUGGCCGCCAUUCUGUGCAUCGUUGGCCUCUGGUGCUGUGCCUGCCUGCCCUACUGCGCCACCAGCUGCAUGAACGCCAAUCACUUUUGCGGCAAUUGCAACAAGUUCGUCGGCGUCUACAACAGCGAUUAGAAAUGCCAGUAACGCCAGAAGUAAACAGAACCAAACGAACCCAACCAAAUCGAACCGAUCACCGCUCCUCACCGAUCAUAGUUCAUCGAUCAUCGACCACCGCUCACAACCUCACACAUGCAAGUAUCAUCAACGAAUGCGAACAUUUUCGGCCAGGUGUCGACAGACCGACAGCUAUACGAUGAAAUUCCCCCAAAUGGGGUAAACAAUCGGGCCGGCAAGCUUUGGCUUUACUUGAUAAGAAUACGCGAUACGAAACACACUUUUUUCCACGGCGCUCC